AUGGCUGAGUCGCAGCAGCAAGGGAAAGCUUUGUCCAGGGACCGGCUUCUCCUCCUCUGCCUGCUGGGCCUGGCCUGCCUGUGGUUGCCCACCGCCUGCCGGAGAGCCCCCAGGCCUCCGCCCUGCCCGCCCAGCUGCUCCUGCACCAGAGACACGGCCUUCUGUGUGGACUCCAAGGUGAUCCCCAAGAACCUGCCCCGCGAUGUCAUUUCACUGACCCUGAUAAAUGCAGCCUUCAGCGAAAUCAAAGAAGCCGCCUUCGCUCACCUCCCGUUCCUGCAGUUCCUUUUGUUGAACUCCAACAAGUUCUCCUUGAUCGGGGACAAUGCCUUCAUGGGACUCUCACACCUGCAGUACCUGUUCAUAGAGAACAACGACAUCCAGUCUCUGUCGAAAAACACCUUCCGCGGGCUCAAGUCCCUGACGCACCUCUCUUUGGCCAACAACAACCUGCAGACGCUGCCCAGAGACCUCCUGAAGCCCUUGGAAAUCCUGAGUGACCUAGACCUCCGGGGCAAUUCUUUGACCUGCGACUGCAAUAUCAAGUGGUUGGUAGAAUGGAUGGAGAGCACCAACACAAGUGUACCGGCCGUUUUCUGUGGCGCACCCCCUCAGUACCAAGGCCAAAAGAUCCGGGAACUUCCACUCAAGGAUUUUGACUGUGUCACCACAGAUUUUGUGGUGCAUCAAGUCCUGCCUUUCCAGUCUGUGUCUGCGGAGCCCUUCAUGUAUUCCAGUGACCUCUACGUGGCUUUGGCCCAGCCAAGCUCCAGCAGCUGUGCCAUCCUCAAGUGGGACUAUGUCGAGCGCAAGCUGAGGGACUUUGACCGCAUCCCUGCUCACUCGGCUGUGUACUGUAAGCCGAUUGUGGCCGAGUCCCAGCUGUACGUCGUGGUGGCCCAGCUCUUUGGCGGCUCCUAUAUCUACCGCUGGGACACCAACAUUGACAAGUUCAUCAAGAUCCAAGACAUUGACAGCCAGAAGAUCCGCAAACCCAACGACAUCGAGGCCUUCCAGAUUGAAGGCGACUGGUUCUUCGUCAUUGCAGACAGCUCCAAAGCCGGCUCCACCAGCCUCUACCGCUGGAACCAGAACGGCUUCUACUCCCACCAGGACCUGCACUCGUGGCAUCGAGAUACUGACGUGGAGUACGUGGAGAUUGACGGCAAGCCCCGGCUUAUCAUCUCCAGCAGCUCCCAGGCGCCCAUCAUCUACCAGUGGAAUCGCUCGCAGAAGCAGUUUGUCCACCUGGGCGACGUGGCAGAAGUGAUGGACGUGCAGAUGGUCAAGCAUUUCCGGAUAAAGCGGGACAACUACUUGUGCCUGAGCCGCUACAUUGGCGACUCCAAGGUGGUCAAGUGGGAGGGGCUGCGUUUCACGGAGGUGCAGACCUUGCCCUCCCGUGGGUCCAUGGUGAUGGAGCCUUUCCAAGUAUCUCAGCAUCAGUACAUGGCCCUGGGCAGUGACUUCUCCUUUACCCACAUCUAUCUCUGGGAUGAACAGAAGCAGAAGUUCGUGAAGUUCCAGGAACUCUCUGUCCAAGCCCCAAGAGCUUUUCGCCCCAUCCCGUUAGAGGACAUGAGCAUCCUGCUGGCACCUAGCUUCAAGGGAAACACACUGGUUUACAAGCAUAUUGUGGUAGACCUCAGCUUGUAGGGUGGCUGGGUAAUU